UCCCCGCCCGGUGGCAGCUCCGGGCACGGUUCGCGGGAGCAACUUGGCGGCUCGUCCCCGUGCUGCCUGUGCCCGGGCCAGCGCGGCCAUGGCGGGCGGGCGGCCCCGCCGCCCCUAGAGCCGCCCGAGCUGCCGGAGCCACCGGAGCCACCGAGAGCCACCGAGAGCCACCGGAGCCGCCGGGAUGAGCGCUCUCGCCUUCGACGACGCGGCCCUGGAGGGGCUGGCACCGUCCCUCGGCCUCUCCGGGGCCAGCGACAUCGACACGGCCCUGCUCAGCGACAUCGACGACAUGCUGCAGCUGAUCAACACGCCGGACAAUGACUUCUCGGGGUUGUUCGACUCACCGUUCAGUGCCCCGGACAGCGCCGUGCCCCCGGGGCUUCCCUCCACGCCGGGCACCCUCAACACCUUCCUGGGUCCCAGCAAGCCGCCCCCCGCCGCCCCCACCGGCAGCGCCUACGCGGGGCCCCCCGGGAUGGCCAGCUUCACCCCGCCGCCCCCGGCCCCGCUCCUGCCCGUGCCGUCCCUGGGUGUCAAGGAGGAGCCAUCCGUGGUGCCCAGCAGCCAGCCCCAGCCCCAGCCCGGCGUCAUGCUGGCCCCCAGCUUCGUCCCUGCGUCCCCCAGCCCGUUCACUCCCCAGCCCUUGGUGGGUUACCAGAACCAGCACAGCUUCUCAGCUGUGCAGCCUGGGAGUGCGGGGCAGACCCUGCCAAGCCCUCUGCCCACCCCACAACCCAGCCAGCCCGUGACACUGCCCGCCCCCGUGCAGAACGUGGCACCCCAGCAGCUCCUAGCCCCCGCUGCCCCCACCACCCAGUCCGUGUCACCACAGAUCCAGUCAGUGCCGGUUCUCCUGCAGCCCCAUUUCAUCAAGGCUGACUCCCUGCUGCUGACGGCCGUCAAGACAGACGCCAGCAGCGCCAAGACUUCCACCAUCGCCUCCCUGGCCACCAGCGCCAGCGGCUCUGCCACCCCGCUCCAGGUGCCGGUAGGUGCCACCGCCGCGAGCUGCAAGGUGGGGAGAAGCUUCACCCCGUCACUGACCCUGCCCUGCGCCCUGCAGGCGCUGGUGAGCGGAGGGACCAUCCUGGCCACGGUGCCGCUGGUGGUGGACGCGGAGAAGCUGCCCAUCAACCGGCUGGCGCCCAGCGGGAAGCCGGCGCUGGUGCAGAGCCGCGGCGAGAAGCGCACGGCCCACAACGCCAUCGAGAAGCGCUACCGCUCCUCCAUCAACGACAAGAUCGUGGAGCUCAAGGACCUGGUGGUGGGCACCGAGGCCAAGCUCAACAAGUCGGCGAUCCUGAGGAAGGCUAUCGAGUACAUCCGCUUCCUGCAGCAGAGCAACCAGAAGCUGAAGCAGGAGAACCUCGCCCUGAAGAUGGCCAUGCAGAAGAACCAGCCUGUGAAGGACCUGGGGACGCACUGCAGCCGGGGGGCCAAGGCAGAGGCCCCCAUGGAGGUGGUGAAGGCAGAGGUGAUGGAUAUGCUGACACCACCACCCUCAGACGUGGGCUCACCAUCCCACAGCAGCCCACUCUCACUCAGCGGUGGCAGCAGCAACAGCAGCAGCGACUCAGAGCCCGACAGCCCCCUCUGUGCCCAUGGCAAGGUGAAGCAGGAGCACCCACCGCCCUCUCCCAGCAGCCAAGGAAUGCUGGACCGCUCCCGCAUGGCCCUCUGCGCCUUCGUCUUCCUCUGCCUCUCCUUCAACCCCCUGGCCUCCCUCCUCCGGGGUUCUGCCUCCCCAGCCCCCUUGGGGAGCCAGGACACCGCUGGUCCCGGCAGGAGCAUCAUGGCUGAGUCUGGCACUUUGGAGGACCCACGGGGAUGGACGCAGUGGCUGUGGCCCACACUGGCCUUCUGGGCACUGAACGUGGCGCUGGUGCUGGGCGCGGUGGUGCGGCUCUUCGUCUGCGGGGAGCCCGUCACUCGCCCCCACUCCGAGCCCUCCAUCCUCUUCUGGCGGCACCGCCGGCAGGCCGACCUCGACCUCGACCGGGGAGACUUCGCGCAGGGGGCCCAGCACCUGCGGACGGCGCUCGGGGCGCUGGGGCGGCCGCUGCCGGCCUCCCACGGGGACCUGGCCUGCAGCCUGCUCUGGACGCUCCUGCGCCACCUGCUCCAGCGCCUCUGGGUGGGGCGCUGGCUGGCUGCCCGUGCCGGGGGGCUGCGCCCGGACCCCCCGCCCCCUGCCCACGUCCGCCAGAGUGCCCGCGACGCUGCCAUGGCUUAUCACCGCCUGCACCAGCUGCACCUCGCCGGGAAGCAGGCUGGGGGACAUCUUCUGGCCAUCAACCUGGCACUGAGCGCUGUCAACCUGGCUGAGUGCGCCGGUGACGCCAUCUCCGUGGCAGCGCUGGCCGAGAUCUACGUGGCGGCUGCCCUGCGGAUCAAGGCCAGCCUGCACCGCUGCUUCCACUUCCUGGCGCGCCCCUUCCUCUGCAGCGCCCGGCGCGUGGCCCUGUCCCACGGCGGGGCCGUGCCCCCCGCCAUGCAGUGGCUCUGCCACCCCUUGGGACACCGCUUCUUUGUUGACGGGGACUGGGCGGUCAAGGGUGUCCCCAGGGAAACCAUCUACAGCUCCGCCGGCAACCCAGUGGACCCGCUGGCUCAGGUGACCCAGCUCUUCCGUGAGCACCUCCUGGAGAAGGCGCUGUGCUGCGUGGCCAUGCCUGAGCCCGGCCGUCCCACUGCUCAGGGAGAGGGGCGGUUCUCUGAUGCCCUCGAGUACCUCCAGCUGCUGAACGGCUGCUCGGAUGUCAGUGGCACACCUGGCCCCACACCCUCCAUCACCUCCGGCUUGGCGGCUGUCACAGGCACCGACCCCGUGUCCAAGUGGUGGGCGUCCUUCAUUGGCAUCGUUAUCCACUGGCUGCAGGGAGAUGAGGAGGGGGCUGAGCGCCUCUACCCACUGGUGGAGACCAUGCCCCGGGCACUGCAGAGCUCUGAGAAGCCCCUUCCCCGUGCUGCCCUGCACUCUUUCCGAGCUGUCCGUGCCUUGCUGAGCAAACAGGAUGGGAGCCAGGCCACCCUGGGCCACUGUGAGAAGGCCAGCAGCUGCCUGCGGGAGAGCCUGGAGCUGGGCAGCCCCCCCAAGGGCACCAUCGACAAGGCGGUCCAGCUCCUGCUCUGUGACCUGCUGCUGGUCACCCGCACCAACCUGUGGCAGCAGCAGAUGGGGGCGAGCCAGCAGCGCAGCUGCCUCUACCAGGCAUCCGCCCUGGAGCUCCGCGGCUUCCAGCAGGACCUGAGCAGCCUGCGGCGCCUGGCACAGACCCUGCGCCCCGCCAUGCGCCGGGUGUUCCUGCACGAAGCCACUGCCAGGCUGAUGGCCCGGGCCAGCCCCACGCGCACCCACCAGCUGCUGGACCGCAGCCUGCGGAGGAGAGGGGUGCAGGGCAGCAAGACAGCUGGCGAGCCAGAAAGCCACCCCACGCCACGGGAGCACGCCGAGGCGCUGCUGCUGGCCUGCUGCUACCUCCCGCCCAGCUUCCUGGCGGGCCCGGGCCAGCGCGUGGGGAUGCUGGCCGAGGCCGCCCGCACGCUGGACAAGCUGGGCGACCGCCGGACGCUGCACGACUGCCAGCAGAUGAUCAUCAAGCUGGGCAGCGGCACCACCGUCACGUCGGGAUAGGUGGGGAAGGGGCCGCCAGCCCCCCUGCCACCCCCCGUGGGUGCGGAAUGCGGGGUGGCGGGAGGCCGUGCCUCAGUUUCCCCGCUGGGUGAUGUUAGGCAGCGGUUUUGGGAGUGAAGGGGUGGGUGGGGAGGGGUCGGGUGAUGCCUGGCGGGGGCGGGGUGGAGGUGGCAGCGUGGGGCAGCCACGCGUGGGGUACCCUGGGUGGGCUUCAACCCCCCCGGGCCGUGUCCGUGUCCCCGGCCCGCGUGGGGGACGGGGCGUGGGGCCCUCUAGUGACCCUGCCGCAGUAUUGCAGGGCACCGGCACGCGCGGCAGCGACCCCCGGUGCCACCCGACCCCCCCCCAGUGCCACCCGCAUCCCCCCGCUGUCACCUGCGCCCCUCCGUGCACACCCCCUUGGGGGGGUCUCUGCCCGGCCCCCCGGGGGUCCCACUGCUGCAGGACCCCUUGGCUUUGGGGCUCGCUUCCGCAGGUGUGGCCCCAUGGCAGGGGGAAGUGCCCCCUGCCCAGCCAUGCCCUUGGUAGGCAAGAGGGGACCCCCACCCUACCCCCCCCUCCCCAGCGCUGAUCCCCCCCCAUUAAGAGCUGCCACCACCCCGGAGCACGGCCGGGCUCUGGGAGAAGGGCUGGCAGGGGGGCACGGGGCUCCUGGGGGGCUGGUGGGUGCCCCUGUGUCCUUGCUUCACCCCCUCUUGUACAUAGACCCCCUCCCCUCGCCUCCCCCCACUCCCCUUUUCCCUUUUUAAACGGUAUUUUCAUAGUUGGAGAGUUUUGUACAGACAAUUAAAGCUGAUUAUUUAUACUGGUGUGUGCUGGAUUGGAGGGGGACUGGCACCAAAAGCGGGGGGCAAGGGGCCCCCCACAGCUGUGGACACCUUGUCCCCACAGGGCUGCACGGGAGGGGGGGACACGGGUGGCAGGGAUGGGGACACUGGCUGCUGAGGGACCCAAACACCCCCUCUUUACCCCGUGGUGUCCCCGGGGUGCUGUCCCCACACCAUCGGGACCCUUGGGGACAAAGGACCAGGCAGGGGCUGUCACAGCCCGGGGGGGACCCCAGCAGCCCCCCAAGGAUAAAGAGA